CGACAAUGCCCCCGCCAGAUCACCAAGGAGGAGCGAGGAACCCAACGAGAGAACGAGGCUUCUCAACCACCCCAGGCCACCACCUCACUCGGAUGGCUAUCUCGACCCAGAUGACCCAGCUGUAUCGCCCUACAAUCUGUGGACGGUUCGGGCUAUGCGAUAUCUCACCAUCCUCUUCCUGAUCAUUAGCUUCUUAUGGUGGGUCCUCCUGCUGGUCUCCAUCUUCGUCUCGCCUCCUGGACUGCACACGCGCGGAUCGGGCUUCUUUGACUUUGCCUACACGUGCCUUACCAUUGGCAAUCUCCUCGUCGUUACCAUCUUCUUCAUUACACCAGCCAGGGGAUUGCGCAUCACCACAUCCAUCAUUGCAGGUCUCUUGGCUAUUGACAUGAUUCUCAUCCUGUCAAUUCCACGCAUAAGGCUCGAAGAGGGGUGGGUCGGCAUUGCAAGUGUCGUCUGGGCAUUCCUUAUGGCUGUCUGGUGCAUAUUGACUGAUCGCGUCGUGGCCUACGGCAAGCGCGAAGAAGAGGAGCGUCUUACUGGCCGCGCAGAAACACGCCGCACCUUGAAGGAAUGGGUCGCCGUUCUGCUUGCAACCAUUGUCACAGUUGUCUUUAUUGUUAUUGUGAUUCUCAUGACUGCCACCCUCGGUAUACGUGGCCGCGAUGCAACACUCAAGAUGGAAGGUGAGCGCAUUCUUGUGGAUGGAGACAAGUACGCUGUCCAUCUCGCCUGCAUGGGCAACGUGACCGAGACGCACGGCUCCAAAGACCCCACCAUCAUUCUCGAGGCCGGCGAGGAACCAUUGGAGUAUGACUUUGAGCACUGGGCAUAUGCAGCCUAUAAAAACGGCACCAUCUCUCGGUACUGCUACUGGGACCGCCCAGGCUAUGCCUUUUCCGACAACGCCCCCUCGCCACACUCGGCUGGCAUGUCUGCAGAUGCGCUUUCUGAAGCACUCGCUAGGUCUGGUGAAGAAGGCCCAUGGAUCCUCGUGUCAGCUGGUACUGGCAGUAUUGUCUCACGCAUCUUCAGCUCACGCCAUCUGAAGCAGGUCACUGGCAUCAUGAUGAUUGACCCUCUUCACGAGGACCUUCUCCACCGCAUCGGCAACCCCGGACGUGGUUUCUUGCUCUGGGCCUGGGGCAUCAUCUCGCCUCUAGGUACGGUCCGGCUGGCCGGCGCACUCUUCAAGGGCCGCACACGUGAAGAUCGCGUCUACGGCCGCAACGCCUACCAAUCCGGCAAGUUCAUCAAGGCGCAGCUCCAAGAAAACCUCGUCGCCGACAGCCUCACCAAGAACGAAGUAUCCGCAGCAAGAAACAUCCAAAGCACAAACACCCCGCUUGUCGUCAUCUCGAGCGGAAUCGAGGUCAGGAAGAACAGCGAGUGGGAACGUAAACAGCACGACUUGACCCGCCUGACAGACAACCUCGUUAGCUGGGACGUGGUCAACAACGCGCCGCAUCAGGUCUGGCAGACGCUCGAUGGCCGCACAGCCAUGGAAAAGCGUCUCAAGCAGCUCGUCAAAGCCUCCAUGAAAGUCAAAAUGGAAACUACCGAGAAGGAUGAGUAAAAGAAAAAAAGGUUUUCCUCGUGGAUAACAUUGCCAUGAAGAAUAUGAAAAUGAAAAAGGUGAGGCAUAGGAAAAAGGCACAAGGGAAAUUUGGAGACUUUGCCGGUUUGUGAGGAAAUUCGGUAUGCUGUUGCGCGGAUAGGCGUCUCUCUCUCUCUCUCUUUCUCUUUCACUUUUACCAACCUAGGAUUGAUUGUUUCUCCUUCGCAUACCCUGUUAUUGCUGCAUAUCUAGUCUAGUCUUUCUUUCUUCUUUUUUCUCAACGUCUUUUCUCGUAGUUCUCGUAGUUGUCUCUUCUUUUUUUUCUUUUU